AAAAAAACUUUUUUUAAAUAAAAUUUUUUUCUAAAUUUUAAUUCUAAAUUUACAUUAUCUAUGAGUUAUUCAAGUGAACCAUCAAACGGUUUCAUUAUCUAUAAUGCAAAUAUUUAUACUUCAGAUGAUACUUUACCAAAAAUUGAAUCAUUUGUAGUAACGAAUGGUAAAUUUGUAGAUGUUGGCACCAAAAUUGAUUUAAUGAAAAAAUGGAAUGGGUUGAAAUGUAUUGAUUUACAAGGUCGUACUAUCUUACCUGGACUAAUCGAUGCACAUGUUCAUUUGAUGGGUUUAGGAGAAUCUUUGACAUCGGUGAACCUCGUGGGAACAAGAUCCGUUGAAGAGGUACGCGAAAGAAUUCAUGAAUACAUCAAUUCACACCCCGAAAUAGAUAUUACUACAGAUUGGAUUACAGGAUGGGGAUGGGAUCAAACACAAUGGACAUCAAAAUCAUUUCCAACUUUUGAAGAUUUAGAUUGUGAUCCACUAAUCAAGAAAUAUUCAAUUUCUUUAUCACGUAUUGAUGGACACGCUUUAUUAGUGAAUAAAAAUAUAUUAGAUAAGCUAGUAAAGGUUCCUGAAACUGUUGACGGUGGAGAAAUCGGAAGAGAUAGGAAAACCGGUGAAUUGACUGGAAUUUUUAUUGAUAAUGCUAUGCAAUUAAUUAAGAAAAUUAUGCCUUCGCCUAGUGAACAAUUAUUAUUACAGCAAUUACGUUCGGCAAUUUCCAAAAUGCACUCUUUUGGAUUAAUUGGAGUGCAUGAUGCAGGAAUUCCAUUAAAUAUACUUGAAUUCUUCAAAAAAAUUAUAAAUGAACAACCGGAAGAAUUUAAUAUCCGAAAUUAUGCAAUGGUAGAAAGUUUAGAAAAUACGUAUGAUGGUGAUUAUGUUGAAAUAAUUGAAGGAUUAGGUGAUGGAAGGCUGACUGUUAGAAGUGUUAAAUUCUUUAUGGACGGUGCUUUGGGAAGUUGGGGAGCAGCAUUAUUAGAACCUUAUUCUGAUGAUCCAACGAAACAAGGACUUCUCAUAUCUGAUCCUACAUUGUUACCACCUGUAAUCAAAAAAUGGAUCGAUAAGGGAUUUCAAGUGAAUACGCAUUGUAUAGGUGAUAAAGCAAAUCAACUUAUAAUUAAUGCGUAUGAAAAAGCUUUUCGAGAAUAUGUAUUAUCACAAAAUGGUGAUAAAAAAUUAACAGAACAAGAAGUGAAUGAUGAAAUGAAAAAGUUAGCAGAGAAAGUUAGAUUUAGAAUUGAACACGCUCAGAUUUUGACUUUGGAAGAUAUUAAACGCAUUGGUAAAUUAAAUAUUAUACCAUCCAUGCAACCUACUCAUGCAACUACUGAUAUGGCAUAUGCUGAACAAAGACUAGGUAGUGAACGUAUUAAAGGUGCAUAUGCAUGGAGAAGUUUGAUAGAAGCAGGAGUAAAGACAUUCCCGCUUUCUUCCGAUUUUCCUGUUGAAUCUGUAAAUCCAUUUUUGGGAAUUUAUGCUGCUAUUACAAGAAAAUGGGUUAACGGGCAAUCUCCUCAUGGAGAAAACGGAUGGUUUCCUUCACAAAAAUUAACGCGUCAAGAAGCAUUGAAAGGAUUUACUAUCGAUGCAGCUUAUGCAGCAUUUAAUGAAACUAUUAUGGGAUCCAUUUCUAUAGGAAAAUACGCGGAUUUUAUUGUUAUUGAUAGGGAUAUUAUGGAAAUACCUGAAUCGCAAAUUGUAGAUACACAAGUAUUAGCAACUGUGUUCGGAGGAAAAGUUGUUUUUGGUAAUUUACUAUUUUAAAGAUUAAAAAAUUGUUUUAAAGGAAAAUAAAGAAAGAAAUUCGAAAUUUUUUAUUUGAUUUACCGUAUAACGGGGGUACCCCAGGAUGAUACAAAUUUCAACUUAUACCCUACCAUUCACCUUAUUAUUAUUAGUAGAAAACGUAUAAUAAUUGGGUAUUAUCAUUUAUCAUGCGCAAUGCCUAAAUUAUAAAAUC